GUUUCCAAAUAUAGAUUUGAGAGAGACAGAGAAAGAAUUUUACAUCCUGAAUUAUUACUUGUAACUCUUUAGCAUGCUGGAAGGAAACUAUGAGGCUGUGGUCCUUCAUGAAGUUUAUCAGUUACUAAGUCUCGUCCUCCUCCCAGCCUCCAUGUCUUUUUCUAAACAUGCCUUCUGUCCUUGCUUGCCCGCAGUUCUGAGACAAGGCCUGGCGUUCAGUCAGAUCUACCGCUUUUCCUUGUCCGACGGCACUCUCGUUGCUGCGCAGACAAAGAGCAAACUCAUCCGCUCCCCGACGACUAAUGAGCCUCAGCUUGUAAUUUCUUUACAUAUGCUUCACAGGAAAAGGUGUAAGUGGAACACUGACUUCAAACAGAGCAGACUCUCCACGUAAUAGAAAAGACAAAUCUUCAUAGUGGAUUAUAAACUGAUUAACGUCCCCAAAGAAAUCUGCUUU